AAAUUGCUGCUGCUUUUGAGUUUAUGCGAACAAACUCAGCCCUUGGAAGUGCUCCUGAGGGGCGCAUCGCGGCGAAGUUGGAUUUUUCUUUCUUUCUUUCUAGAAGAAACAUCCACUAUGUCUUCAUCAAAAGAAGAUGCAAUGUCUGCUGAACAAGCAGGUGAGAGAGAACCUGAAACUGAAAACAAAGUUGAGGGAAGUGAUGAAGAGGAAGAGGAGGAGGAGGAGGAGGAGGAGGAAGAAGAAAAAGAAAAGAGUCUCAUUGUUGAAGGGAAGAGAGAGAAGAAAAAAGUAGAGAGAUUGACCAUGCAGGUAUCCUCGUUACAAAGGGAACCUUUUACAAUUGCACCAGGAAAGGGACAAAAGCUUUGCGAAAUUGAAAGGAUACAAUUUUUUUUGAGUAAGAAGAAAACAGAUGAACUCAGAAAUCUACACAAACUCCUAUACAACAGGCCAGGCACAGUUACUUCAUUAAAGAAGAAUGUGGGUCAGUUCAGCGGGUUUCCAUUUGAAAAAGGAAGUGACCAAUACAAAAAAAAGGAAGAAAUGUUAAAAAAAUUCAGGAAUGCUAUGUUGAAAAGUAUCUGUGAGGUCCUUGAUUUGGAAAGAUCAGGAGUUAAUAAUGAACUGGUUACCAGAAUCUUAAACUUCUUAAUGCAUCCAAAACCUUCAGGCAAGCCAUUGCCAAAGUCCAAAAAAACACCCAGCAAAGGCGGCAAAAAAGAACGCAGUAGCACAGGAACUGCACGAAAAGUAAAGCGCACCAAAUGUCCUGAGAUUUUGUCGGAUGAAUCUAGUAGUGAGGAGGAGGAUGAAAAGAGAGGGAAGGAGGAAUCAUCUGAAGAAGACAAAGAGAGUGAAGAGGAGCAGCCUAAGAAAGCAGCUAAAAAAGAAAAACCGAAGCAAAAGAUGCCUUCUAAAAACAAGAAAGCUGUGAAGAGUGCUAAUGUCAAGAAAGCAGAUAGCAGCACUACAAAGAAGAAUCAGAACAGUUCCAAAAAAGAUUUAGAAAGUGAGUCUGAGGAUAGUUCAGAUGAUGAACCUUUAAUUAAGAAGUUGAAGAAACCACCUACAGAUGAAGAUAUUAAAGAAACUGUCAAGAAGUUAUUGGCCAAUGCAAAUUUAGAGGAAGUCACAAUGAAACAGAUUUGCAAAGAGGUAUAUGAAAGUUAUCCCAGUUAUGACUUGUCUGAAAGGAAAGAUUUCAUCAAAAAGACAGUUAAAGAGUUAAUUUCAUGAACUAAUUUGACUGAAGGAAAUGAAGACUGCUGACUUGUGUUCCCAUGGAUUUGAAGAUCUGAUAGACACCAGCAAAAAGAAUGUUUGUGGUAUAUGUUUAGUCAGAACUGAUUCUGCUGACUUAGUAUCAAUGUAAAUUGCUUUGUGUACUUUUUUAAUAAUUGCAUUUGAUGCAGGUUUUAGUUGACCUGAGGUUUUUUUUGUUGUUUGCAUGGCAAUAAAUGUUCCCUUUUUAUAGUUUUGUAUAUUUUGAAUGCCUUUGUAGUAGAUUCAUUAAGACCAUCAUAGCUUUUAAUGUGCUUUAAUACCUUGCAUAACUUUUUUAAAAAAAUCAAGUAUGAUAAGUUGUCUAAGUGUUUGCACAUAUAUACACAUGCAGAGAUUGUCUGCAAUAUUACAGUGUUGGGUUAUAUAAAUAUUUUGAAUACAUUCUGAAAAUCAGUCUUGGUAGUGUUCUUGAUAUUCUGAUUUACAUGUUAUAAAUUCAGAAUAUUUAAUCUACAUUGUCUUGCAUGUGUAUACACUGAGAGCCAUGAAAACAUGGUACUUAAUUGGCAGAUAUUAUUUUUGUACUUUUAAAGACUGUAUGAAGUUACUGCAGAUUUCUGUUGUGCAAAUCAGAUUUUUAAAUCUAGUUAUCAUAGGACUUAAGACAUGUCAGUGUUCAGCAGUGAUGCUCAGAUGAAAAAUGGGACGCUCUAUAAAGUUUAUACAAAAGUUGAAACUUUACUGUUGUCCAAUCUUGCCUUGUGUAAGAAAGAUUCACCUGUAGUUUUAUACUUAAGCUCUUCAGUGUUUAAUUUUAUAUAAAAAGCUACAGCUGCAGUUGUUCUAGGGCUUGACCUAGAACAAUAUUAAUAAAGUGAAGGCUAUAGGGAAUAAAACGGACUUGAUAAUGAUUAUUUUGUUGUUGGACUAUGGACAAAAUUUUGAGAAGUGGGUGCCUAAAGCGAUGAACUCCUGGCAGGCUUAACAGAAAAGCACACUCCAGAUCUAGGAGCACAAGCAGGACAGUACUUAAGCUAAUGAUUAAGUAGUAUUCUGAAUAGGAAUGCUUUCCUAAAUCUGAGCCUAAAAGUAAGCCACUGCUUUUGAUUCAAAUUAGAAGUUUUCAUGGUUUUGUGCCCAUCCACAUACCUUUGUGCUAUUAUAGAAAUAAUGUAUAUAAAGUACUAACAAACAGAGGCCAAAGUGUCGCUACCAAUGCUAUGAAAAACAAAUCCUGUAAUGACUCCAGUAUUGAUCAAGAGCAAAGCAUUUUAAAAAUUUUAUUAGUCUAUAUUUGCAAGAUUAGGAGCUGGAUAACUUAAAUUUUGAAAAUGUUCAGCCAAUCAGGGUGUUAAUUAAUCUUUACUUUUUUGUAAUUUCCUUGCAUGUAAUACUUUUUUAAAAGGCUGAAUGUUUUUGUACUCAAUAAAUGUCUUUCAGAAAAA